AUGGCUAAAGUUUUAUCAGAAUCACAAUUUCAAUCUCAAAUCGUUUCCAAGUACGUUGAUGUCAUUGGUGAAAAGUUGGACGGUAAGAUCCACUCAUUCUCCGAUGAAUGGUUUGCUCAGGCAGAGAACUUGAUCAAACCAAAGGCACCCAUCAGAGAUGCCACUAAGUUUACCUAUGCCGGUGCUUGGUACGAUGGUUGGGAAACUAGAAGACACAAUGAAGAAGAAGCAGAUUGGGUCAUUUUCAAAUUUGGUGUAAGUUCAGCCAACUUGAUAGGGUGUGAGGUGGACACUGCUUUUUUCAAUGGUAACCAUGCACCAGCUAUUUCUGUGGAAGCUGUUCAAGUCUUUAACGAUAAGGACUUGGGGGGUCUUAGUGAAAAGGACUGGGAAACAGUCAUUCCCAAGACUGAGUGUGGACCAAGCCAAAAACACUUUUUCGCUAGAGACAAACUUACCGAAAAGAACUACACCCAUGCUAGGUUGAGAAUGUACCCUGAUGGGGGUAUUGCAAGAUUCAGAUUGUACGGGCAUGUUGUGCCAGUAACAAAGAAUACCUCAGACGUUAUUGAUUUCGCAUCAGUGAAGAACGGAGGUGUGGCAAUUAAGGUCAGCGACCAGCACUUUGGUACUGCUGAUAAUUUGUUAUUACCAGGAAGAGGUCAUGACAUGAGUGACGGAUGGGAAACAAAGAGGUCGAGAGAACCAGGUCACACUGAUUGGGUCGUGAUUAGAUUAGGAGCUCCUGCUCAUUUGCAAAAUGUUAUCAUUGACACUGCUCAUUUCAGAGGCAACUUCCCUCAAAAGGUUAACGUAAAGGGUACAUUUGUCGAGGAUGAAAACGACAUUGAUAGUGCUGAAUGGGUUACCAUUAUACCAGAUUCUAAAACUAGUGCAGAUAAAGAGCACGAAUUUGCUGUCAAGAAUGAUGAAAUAUUUUCACACAUUAAGGUGACAAUUAUCCCAGACGGUGGUGUAAAAAGAAUUAGAGCAUUUGGUGUGAAAGCUUGA